UAAGAAGGUCAUAAAAAUUACCAAAAUUCGCACUCGGAGUGAAAAGUGAGUGUUUUACGCGCACGCACAGCAGCGGAAAAUUGUGCUCGAGCUAAAAUUUGAUUUUUAGAGGCGGCGGAUGGAGGCAUCGGGCGAGUCGCGACCGGCUAGGAUGACAUGAAAUUAAUUAAGACUUAUUAUGACUAGCAAUUACAUAAUAUGGCGGCUGUCCGGUGAUGCAAAAGCGGCCGGAUUUCUCAGGAACUACGCCAUCUCCGCGUGGAAAAAGUUUGGAACGCAGCAUGAUCAAGAACCAGUUUCCGCAUAAUUGUUGCAGUAUACGAUAUGAUUAAACUUAACUGGUGUAAUAUUCUAAAGUUAGUGAGGCCGAGCGACGCUUCUGCGAGCGAGGCCUCAGAAAGCUUAAAUUGGCUUUGAAAUGGAUUCUUACGACCUAUUCGGUGACGACGUAAGUGGCAGCGUGUUAGAUGGUCUUCCUGAUUUAGGAUCUGAAGCUUUCGGUGAUUCGAGCUCUUCUGGACCUGCUCGUGGGCGUCGAUUUGUGGCAGGUCCUUCGGUAAGAGACCCAGGCGGCGGUCAGCAGCAGGUGCCAUAUGGAGGUCAUGGGGGAACUCCGUCUGGCUACCCGAGCGGACAGUCUCAAGCGUCUCAACAGCAGCAGCAGCAGCAGCCUCAAACGCCAGGGGCCCCUGCCCCGUCAGUAGGCGGCGCGGCGUCCGGGGAGUCGCCCCUGCAGAAACUCGCCACCUUCGGCGACUACAGCGCCCAACAGCAGCACCACAUGGACCCGUACGGCGGAUACGACCCGGGUCGACCCAUGGCCUACCAAAUGGGUCACGAAAUGCCGGCCCAGGCGCCUCCGCCACCACCCCAGCAGCAGCAGCAGCAGUCGAGGCGGGGCCGCGGCCACUCGGCCCAGCAGCAACAGCAGCAGCAGCAGCAACAGUACCCUGGCUACGGGGACGCCAUGUACCCUGGGGCGGGCAUGGAGGGCGGCUCGGCGGCCGAGCACAUGCCCUGGGCUGGCAUGCCCUACCGCAACCAGCCGCCCCAGCAGCAGCAACAGCAGUACCAGAUGCAGGGCUACGCCAGGCACCAGCAGAUGGGCUACGACCCGCUCAGCCAGCAGAAGCAGCCCAUGGGCCAGUACGGCGCCGCCAACACCUCCAUGAUGGCCUCGCAAAUGAUUCCCCAGCAGCAACAGCAGGGACAAUAUUCGGUACAACAGCAGCAACGCAUGUUGCAGCAGCAGCAACAACAGGGCUACCCUGAGUCGGCAGGAUCAUCAGGGCAAAUGUAUCCCGGCGGCCAGCAAAGCAAUUACCCUGGUGGAUACGGCCAGUCGUCCGGCCACCAACGCUUCCCUUAUCAACAAUAUCCCCAACAGACCAAGUCAAAACAGCAGGUUCCGCAGCCGCAGCAGCACGAGAUGGCCGGCUACAACCACCAGCUGCCGCACCACCACCAGUACCAGCAGCCACACUCGGCGGCCGCCAUGGGCCACUACCCUCAGUCAAGCAAGCACCCCAGCCUGCAGCAGCCGGGCCCGCCGCCUUCGAUGGGCGGCGCCAGUCCCCAGUAUAGGGCGCCCUACCCUCAGCUGUCACCCCAAAUGUCCCCGCGGCCGCAGAUGUCCCCUCGGCCGCCGCAGCCUUCGUCAAAGUUGUCGCCCCACCACCAGCACCUGACUAGUCAACCGAGCAUGUCGCCAGGGCGGCAACCCUCGUCCAAGCAGCAGCAGCAACAACAACAGCUCAACCAGCCUCCGGUCACCUCGCCGGGGCACAUGUACGCAGGCAUGAGUCAGGCACCCAGUACUUUGCAGGCUUUGGAGCAGAUGGUGAUGCCACCGUCGAGUUCCGAGUACCCGUCGUCGGCCGGUGGGUACAACAGGCAGUCCCAGCAGCAGCAACAGCCGUCAGGGCCAAGCCCAGGCAUGAUCCCCAGCCCCAUGCAGCAGGCCAACAUGGCCGGCCGCAACCCUCUGUCCCCGCAACCGUGGCCGCCGCAGCAGAGGCAGUCCCAGCAGGCCACAAGUCACUUGAGUGGGCCGCCCACGCCGCAACAGCAACAGGCCAUGGCCUCGCAACAGCAGCAAAUGAACGGCGGCAUGAUGUCCGGCGGUUCCAUGCAGGAGCUUCCCUCCGCGCAGCCAGGCAUGCCGCACCACUUGUCAGUUCCACCCUCUUCCAUGGACACUGAGCCGCACAUGACUAGGCCACGAUCACAAGAUGCACAAUCUGCUCAACAGACAGUACCUGACCCCAGCUCGGAGGGCGACGCUCGCAGUGGACGGUCCGACCAGUCCGAGUUCAGCCUAGACAAGUUUGUCGACGGCAAAGAUCAGCAGGCGCCGGAAAAGCCUGACGAGGACAAGCAGCCGAAGCAAGACUCUUACUCGGCGCCUGACUUUGGCGCCUACCAGGGCGACAGCAGCAACAGCCAGCCGCCCAAGUCAGAGCCCGAAUCAUAUCAAGCCACCCCACCGCCCCCGGUGUCGGCCGCCGCCUCCAGGCCGUCCUCGCGGCCGCAGGCGCAGUCUGCGAACGGCAUGGCGGCCAACGGCCCGCCCCCUCACUCAAUGGGCAUGGGCAUGCCGCAGAUGCCGCCCCACAGCAUGAGUCAGGCCAUGGGCAUGGGCGGCCCCCACGGCAUGCCGCCCUCGAUGCACCCAGGCAUGGGGCCUGGCGGAAUGCACAUGAUGGGCCCGCCGGGACACAUGAUGGACAUUCACAACAAUCCGUACAUGCCGGGACCCAUGGGCCAUCAACAGGAAAUGGCUGCCCUUCAACAGCAGCUGCAGGAAUUCUACUGCAUGCCACAACAGACUCAAGACAUUCAGGCCAAGGUUGCCUGGAUGCAAGAACGCUUACAAACCCUUCAGCAGCACUGUGCCACAACACCGUGCAUGGGACCUGGAGCACAUUGCAGCUUGCCAAAUCCAGCCCUGCCGUUGCCGAACCCACCACUUGGCAUUGAUCACAUGCCGCCCGUGCCAACGACAGGCAGAGGCAGAGGAAAAGGCUCUCGUGGGCAACGAAAGCCGCGCGGCGGAGGCAGCAAGCGCGGUGCCAAGCACCAGGCGCAGAUUCCUCCACCCUACGAGCUGAUGCCACCCUCGAACGGCGAAAUCCCGGGCAUGUCUCCGCACCUGCCUCCGUAUGCUCAACAGCCGCCUCCACACAUGGCCAUGCCAAGCAUGGGCAUGGAUCCGAUGGCCGGCCUCGGCCCCAUGCACCAGCACCACAUGCCCCCUUCCAUUCAAAUGCAGAUGCAGUCCCACGGCAUGCAGGGCAUGAUGCCGCAGCCGCCUCACCACCCCGGCCAGCAGGUGAUGCCGCCGGGGCCUCCGGGCCAUCCUGGGAUGCUGCCGGGGCCGCCUCCGGGCAUCCCGCAGAUGGCUCCUCCGCAGAGCAUGGCGUCCCAAAUGCCGAUGCACCCUCAAAUGCCACCUCAGGGCAUGCCUCCGAGCAUCACGUCGCCUCUGCCGCCCCACAUGGGUGGGCCUUUGUCCUCGAGUCCGCUGCCCCAGCAGGUCCCACCUCCGCAACAGAUGCCACCGGUCCAGCACGGGCCACUGACUCCCACCCAGCAGCCACUGCCACCCAUGCCGCUGCCGCAACAGCACCCUCCUCUGCAGCUGGAACACCAAGAACCACCUCCGGCACCGCCUCCGAUGCCACUUCCAAUGGUUGAGGAGGAGGAGCCGCCGAUUGCCAUUGCGCCUCUGCCGAUGCAGGAACAGAUGGAGGAGAUGUCGCAGGAGUCGGUCGAGCAGCAGAGAAUCGAUUCUCCUGCCGCCCCAGAGCCAAUGGAGGUCUCUCAAGAGUCACUGGAGCCACCGCCCAUUGACGAAGCCAAAAGUCCAGAUGCUCCACCGGUGCCGCCUCCAAUGCCCGAGGACGAUUUGUUUCCUCAGCAGGAGGAGGAAUCGCCUGUGAUGCCCCCUCAGUCUGCCCCCGCGUCUGUUGAAGACGACCCUUACUCCAUCGAGGAGUUUGACGAGAAGCAAAAGAAACCCAAAACGCCAAGAAAACCGCGGGAGCCGAAAAAGCCUAGGGAGCCUAAAGUGCCAAAGGAGCCUAAAGAAAAGAAAUCUAAGAAAAAGGAUGAUGGCGAAGAGAGCAAAUCGAAAUCCAGAAAGUCUCGAAAGAAAAAAGAGCCAGAGCCCGAUGCUGUGAGCAUGGACGAAGAAAUCAAAGAUGAGUCGACUGAAGCCACUGCUUCUGAGCCCAAAGACGCAGAGAGCUUGAGUGACACUCAGACGGCCGAAGACGAAUCCAAGGUCAAGACGGAGGAAGAGGCUGGGGAGCCCACCGAGUCAGCGGCUUCCACUCCGUCGGCCACUCCGGCAAAGAAGAAACGCGUUCGACCACCCAAAGGGGUGGUGGCCAAGAGAAAUCGGAACCUGAAAAACAUGAUGGCCGCUAAAGGCAAAAAGGGACGCAGGGGGUUGAUUGGAAACGACUCUGAUGGGCCUUCUGACUUGGAAGCGACGCCUCCACCCUCUCCUCCAGAGGACGAUAAUAUCCACAAGAGGAGGAGCGCUCGCAAUACUCACAGAAAAAAGUACACUGAUGAUAUUGAGCUGAGCAUUUCGGACGAGGAGAUACCUGGAAAUCUCAUCCUGGACUCGAACGUGAGCACUCCUAAGGGCUCGAAGGCGGAGGCGCAGUCUCCGGCUGAGUCUCAGGGGACGCCCACACCCGCCGCCACGCCCAGCACUCCGACUGGAGGCAAGAAGGCCAAGGUUGUGGAGGAAGAGCCGCCGGCCGACGCCAACAUGAAUAAGCCAAAUUUUGUUUACAUAAACACUGGUGACGAGGAUUCGAUGGUGGUCCAGUACGUGUUGGCAGUGAGGAUGGGCAGGCGCGUCAAGAAGAAGCCUGUUCCUGUCUCGGAGGAAACAAAACCAGUGGCCGAGGGUGAAGAGGAAAAGAAACCCGAGGAGCCGUCUGAGGAAAAGAAGGCUGAGGAAGAAGUGGCCAAGUCCGAAUCUGAAGAAACCAAACCUGAGUCUGAGCCAAAGAAGGACGAGGAAUCUCAAGAGAAAGGGGAGGAGGAAGAGGAGGAGGAAAAGAACGAAGUGCCAAGCAACAAGGACGACGCUGAUAAGACUGUUCAUCACAAAUUCCACUCCGAAGAGACUGCCACCGAGGACAUGGAGGACGUGGAGGAAUUCUUUGUAAAGUACCGCAGUUUUUCCUACCUGCACUGCGAGUGGAGGACCGAGGAGGAGCUGGUCAAGGGCGACAAACGAGUCUCAGCCAAACUGAAACGCUUCAAGCAGAAGCAAGCUCAACAGUGCAAUAUUUUUGAGAAUCUGGACGACGAGCCGUUCAACCCGGACUACACGGAGGUUGACCGCGUCCUCGACGUCACGGAGCACGAAGACCCGAACGGCAGCGGCGCCCCUACCAAGCAUUACCUGGUCAAGUGGCGCUCCCUGCAGUACGAGGACUCCACCUGGGAGCUGGAGGAGGACGUUGAUCCGGAGAGGAUCGAAAACUAUCAGAGAUGGCAAAAGCUGCCUCCGAAGGACCAGUGGAAGCCCAAGAAGCGGCCCAGGGCCGAGGACUGGAAGAAACUGGACGAAUCUCCUGUUUACAAAAACAACAACAAGCUGCGCGAGUACCAACUGGAGGGCCUGAACUGGUUGCUCUUCUCCUGGUACAACAACCGCAACUGCAUUCUGGCCGACGAGAUGGGUCUCGGCAAGACGAUCCAGUCCUUGACCUUCAUCCACGCCGUGCACCAGUACGGAAUCAGAGGCCCCUUCCUGGUCGUGGCUCCUCUGUCCACGAUUCCCAACUGGCAGAGGGAGUUUGAGGCGUGGACGGAUCUGAACGUGGUCGUGUACCACGGCUCCUCGGCCAGCCGAAACAUGCUGACCGAGUACGAGGUAUUCUACAAGGACACCAAGGGCAACAUCAUCAAGGACAUGACCAAGUUCAACGUGCUCAUCACCACCUUUGAAAUCAUCAUUUCGGACGUGAUGGAGCUGCGUCCGUUCAACUGGCGGCUGUGCGUCAUCGACGAGGCCCACCGACUGAAAAACCGCAACUGCAAACUGCUCGAAGGGUUGAGGCUGCUCAACCUGGAGCACAGGGUGCUCCUCUCAGGCACGCCGCUGCAGAACAACGUCAACGAACUCUUCUCCCUGCUCAACUUCCUUGAGCCGAGCCAAUUCUCCAGCUCGGAGAAUUUCCUGCAGGAGUUUGGCCAGCUGAAGAGCGAGUCCGAGGUGCAAAAGCUGCAGGUUCUGCUCAAGCCGAUGAUGCUGCGGCGGCUGAAGGAAGACGUUGAGAAGUCGAUCGCCCCCAAGGAAGAGACUGUGAUUGAGGUGGAGUUGACCAACAUCCAGAAAAAGUACUACAGGGCCAUUCUGGAGCGCAACUUCUCUUUCCUCUCCAAGGGCACCACGUCCGCCAACGUACCUAGUCUCAUGAACACUAUGAUGGAGCUCAGGAAGUGCUGCAUCCAUCCCUACCUUCUCAAUGGUGCUGAGGACCAAAUCCAAUUAGAGUUUCGCCAGAACCAGGGUGAAGACCCUGACGCCUAUUACAAGGCAUUGAUCCAGUCCUCUGGUAAAAUGGUCCUUGUUGACAAGCUGCUGCCCAAAUUGAAAGCUAACGGACACAGGGUACUCGUUUUUAGUCAAAUGGUGCGCUGCUUGGACAUUCUCGAGGACUACUUGGUCUUCAGAAAAUAUCCCUUCGAGAGAAUAGACGGCAGGAUCAGAGGAAAUCUGCGUCAAGCCGCAAUAGACAGGUUUUCAAAACCUGACUCUGAUAGAUUUGUCUUCUUGCUGUGCACAAAGGCAGGUGGUUUGGGAAUAAACUUGACUGCAGCCGACACCGUCAUUAUCUACGACAGUGAUUGGAACCCUCAAAAUGAUCUCCAGGCGCAAGCCCGAUGCCAUCGUAUUGGUCAGCAGAAAAUGGUCAAAGUGUACCGUCUGCUGUGCCGAAGCACUUACGAGCGAGAGAUGUUCGACAAGGCGUCCCUCAAGUUGGGUUUGGACAAGGCUGUGCUCCAAAGCAUGAACACCGCGCAAGGUGGCAAAGACCCGAACAACAAGCAGCUCUCCAAAAAGGAGAUUGAGGAUUUGCUGAAGAAGGGCGCCUACGGCGCCAUCAUGGACGAGGACGAAGGUGAUAAAUUCUGUGAAGAGGACAUUGAUCAGAUCCUCGAGCGUCGUACGCAAGUCAUUACCCUCGAGUCCGAGAAGGGCUCCACCUUCUCAAAGGCUAGCUUUGCUAGCUCCGGAAUCAGAUCUGAUAUAGAUAUAGAUGACCCCGACUUUUGGGUCAAGUGGGCCAAGAAGGCGGACAUUGACGUCAAGGACGGCAACGACCUCAGUGAGUUGGUCAUUUCUGAGCCUAGGCGCAGAACCCAAAUCAAGAGGUAUGGCCAAGACGAGAGCAUGGUUGACAUGUCUGAACUCGACUCCUCCUCUGACAGUGAUGAAGAAGGUGGCGUCAGGGGAACCAGAAGUGGUCGCAAACACAAAACCAAAUUUGGAAGAAUUCGACCAAGGAGAUUUGAAGAAUUUUCUCAGGAAGGAGACGUUGUUUAUGGAAGCUGGGCUAGAUCUGAAUGCUUCAAAGUUGAAAAGGGUCUUCUCACAUUUGGAUGGGGUCGAUGGAGCGACAUCCUUGUAACAGGCCAGUUCAGGAAAGGCUGGCGGGAAUCUGAUGUUGAGGACUUGGCGCGCGUCAUCGUCCUCUACUGCCUUCGUAUGUUCCGCGGCGACGAAAAACUUCGCCAGUUUGGAUGGGAUCUUGUCACUCCUGCAGAGUUUGUGACUGAAAAACUUGCCAAUCAAGGCACAGCCAGAGGAAGGAAGGCAAAAAAGAAACCGCCUGGUGAGGACACCAGUCAGGAUUGGAGUCGAGACGAAAAGUACGACGGGGAUAUUUUCCUCGAAGGAAGUUACAAGAAGCACUUGCUGAGACACUCAAACAAGGUUUUGCUGAGAAUCCGAAUGCUGCACUACAUCAAGCAUGACAUAGUUGGCGACCUGGCUCAGCAGAUCUCCGAGGGCCUCCCCAUCGGCCGCCUGCCUUUAGCCGCGGUGCCUCCGCCCCCAGAGUUGCCCCCUACGACAUGGUGGGGCCCCCAGGACGAUCAGUCUCUCGUGGUUGGUGCCUACAAACACGGUUACGAAAACUACGCGCUCAUGAGGGCAGAUCCGUGCCUCAGCUUUUUAGCCACCUGCGGUCCGCCGACCAAGGCAGAACUCGAAGCUCAGGGACAGCCGCAGAUCAAGCGAAAACACAUCACCGACGAGGAGCUGGGCAAGAUCUCAGACGACGAAGAGGCCGAGAACGAGCCUGUCGUCGGCGAAGUCGAGGGCGAGCACCCUGGUGAAGGGGGCGACAAGGCGCCCUGGCCUUCCGUGGCCGAUCUCAACACAAGACUGAGGCGCGUCAUUAGCUCGUACCAGCGCAACUUCAAGAGGGAGGAAAUGAAAAUCGCGCAGAGAGCCAAACUCGAAAAGCGGGAAAAGAUUGAGCAGAUGCUGCGUGGCCGGCAUCACGUUGAGACUCCCCGUCGCUGGUCCCGCAGGGAGGAAUCAGACUUCUUUAGGACGGUUUCAACCUUUGGAGUUGAAUACGACAGAAAACGUGGCCAGUAUGACUGGGCCAAAUUCAGAGCCAUUUCUCGACUUGAUCGCAAGCAGGACGAUGCGAUGACUGAAUACUACAGGGCCUUCUGCACAAUGUUGAAGCGCGUUUGCGGCAUGAAGCUGACCGAGGAAGAAGAACUCCUUGACAUUGUGGUAGACCCAAUUUCUGAAGAGAAAGCCAGGCGCACUCUUGAGCGCCUCGACCUCUUGAACAAAGUGAGGGAGGAGACGAUUUUCAGCCCCAAACUGGAAGAGAGACUAAAAUUGUGCCAACCAUCCACUGAUCUGCCCGAGUGGUGGCUUCCGGGCAAGCAUGACAAGGAGUUGCUUCUCGGAGCUGCAAAGCAUGGUCUUGGAAGGACGGACGUUUACAUUCUGAAUGACACCGACUACACAUUCAGAGACAUCCUGAGACAAUACGCCUCUGGCCAGAUCCCUUCCCACGUCCGGCUCGCAUCUCGCAAGGCUGAGGAGACGGAAAUGAAGAAAUCGAGAGAUGAGGAGGAAGCUCUCGGAGCAAUCAAACUGGAAAGGCCCGAGGACAUUCUCAGACUUGACAAGGACGAGAUCAUUGUCAAACUUGAGAAGGGCGAGGGAACUUUGAAGAUCGAGAAGAUAGGCAUGAAGAAAGACAGCCCUCAAGCAGCUGCGGUCAAAGAGGAGAAGGACGAAGUCGAACUCACUCUUGUGUCUGCAAAAGGAGGCGAUGAAAAUAAUAAGCCGACUGAAGAGGAGGAGAAAGAAAAACCAAUGGAAGAAGUGGCUAAGCCAGACGAAGAAGUUUCUCCCAAGGAGCAGCAAGUCCAGAAGCCUCAGAGUCCAGCAGAGAAAGAGAAGGUCGACGAGGCUGAAGAGAAAUCUGAGGCUGAGAAGGAGGAUUCUCUGAAGCCAGCUGCGGAGGAAGUCAAAAAAGCCGAAUCUGAAGAGCAAAAGGAGGAGGUCAAAGACACAAAGGAGGCUGAAGAGGUUGAAGAAUCCAAGAAGGACAAAGCGGAAAAAAUGGAUGUCGAUGAGCUAAAGCCCGAAGAAAACAAAAUUGAGGCGAUGGAGGUUGAUAAGCCUGUUGAAGACGCUGAAAAGAUCAAACCAGAAGUGACAAAGAAGGAGAAAAAAUCAAAGAAGGAGCGUGGAGUCGGGAAAGCUGAGAAAGCAGCUGCCGAGGAUGGCGAGAAACCUGAGCCGAGGUGCACAAGGAGGAAGAGCCAGGCGGCGGCUGCAGCUGCUGCGGCCGAAGCAAGAGCCAAGUCCGACUCGAAGCCAAAAUCUCCUGAACCUGUCAAGGAAACCGUAAGUGAGGAAGCAGAAGAUAAAGAAGGCGAAGUUUCUUCAUCAAAGGAAAAAGAGCCUGCAAGUAACGAGGAGGAGAAAAAGGAAGAACCCAAAGAAAAGCCUGAAGAGAAGAUGGACGAACAGGUCGAGGACUCAAAGGAGCCUGAAAAGGAGCCCGAGAACGAUGAUCAAAAGGAGAAAGUUCCAGACGAGGAUAAGGAGAAGGAAACAGAAAAAGAAAAGGAGCCUGAGGAGGAGGAGCCAGAGCCUGAAAAGGAAAAAGAAAAGCAGAAACCUGCAGCCAAGGAGAAGGAAGCGGCGGCUGCAGCCGAGACUCCACUUCCACCUCCGGAUCUCAAAGCUCUCUUCCCUGACCUUGAAGUCAUCCAACCACUGAGCAAGUUGGCCGAACUGGACACCUUUGUGUUCAGAGACAAGAGAGACUUCACAAGUGACCUUGGACUGGCACACAUCCUGGCUGCUCAGGGUGGAUUUCACAGCAAAUUCAGCUGGCCCAAGGAUAAUGUCCUCCAGUCUCGUCUGGAGCAGGUGGUGAUUGCCGUCGACACAGGCGAGUGGCCUCCACCGAGACCAAUUCCGCCAUUCCCCAGCGACCUGGAGAUCUUCACGAGCACUCCCCCUGGCGGCACUCCUCGCAGAGAAACACCCACGCUGUCCCUGGAGGAGCAGCAGUUGGCCGACCUACACGGCGCCAUGCUUCAGCACGCGCACCAACAAGGCCUGUCCAUCUCGAGGGCCUCUGCCAUGGCGGCCGCGGCUCUCGCCUCCAAAAAGAGGAAGAGGCAACACAUAGCCAUCGACGUUGAGACUGAGAGGGCAAAACUGCACGCCCUGCUUCAGAACAGCCACUUGCAGGCCAGCAAGCUGUGGGAUGACGAAUCUCUCUCGGAAGAAUCAAGACGAUCAACUCCGAACCAAGCUGCGCUCGGUCAGCCACCUCCGGCGCACCAGAACACUUCGUCCAGAGUGCUGAACAUGCCUCUGAGCCCAUUCGAGCUGAAAUUCCACACCGGUGGCGGCGCCUCCUCUGCUGUGGCUGCUGCUGCGGUUAAGGGAGGUCUGCUGGGCCCAACCCUAAUUCCAGGCACCUCGUCUACUUUGACUCCGAUUGACCUGAGCUCAGGCUUUUACAACAGCCUGCCGAAAAUGGAGUGCCCGACUUCGAGUGCCUUGGAUGUGUCCAGAGGCCGCGGCGGUGACGACGCGGGCGACGCUCCGCAGGACUUCAGCCUGCCGAGCAAAAACAAAAAGAGCCGGCUGGACGACAUGCUGGACAAGAUCAUGAAGAGGAAGCAGGAGGAGCCUCCGCAGGGCAAGGAGAAGAAGCGCCGCAAGCUGGACGAGAUUGUGCUGGGCCUGAGUUCCGCCCGGGAGCAGCAGGUGGCGCACACCUCAGGGGUGGCCGAGCUGAUCAAGAAGACGGCCGCCUCCAUCAGCGUGGUUGGCGGAACGAACACCUCGCCAGCCCAUCAGCAGCCGCCGUCCCACCUGCCGCCACCCCCGACCGGCGCCACCCUCCACCCCCUGCUGCGCCCCCACGUGCACAAGGGCGGACCCACGCCUUCAAACCAUCCACCCAUUUCGUCUUCGUCCAAGCCGCCGUUCACCAUCACUGUGACGUCAGUGCCUUCCUCGGCAGCCUCUUCAUCUUCACGGGCACCCCCACCACCCAUGCCGCCCAUCAGCAGUGCCGCUUGCAAGGACACAUUCUCCCUGUUGCCGCAGCCCGACUUGGCAGCGUCUCUGGCUCUCUUGACUGGCGCUGCCAGUGGCAAGAAGGGCUCAUCGUCUCUCGGCAUGAACCUGCCCCAGGCGCACAGCAAGAUGUCCUCCUCAGCCUCCCAGGCUGCUGCCGCGGCCGCAGCGUACGAGGCCGUCCUUGCAGACAUGAACAAGAUGGCAGACCUCUCGGCCAAAGUCAACUCGUACUCGCACGAAGCCAAGGUCAACAAGUGGCUGGCCGAACAGAGCGGUCUCAUGAACGAACAACUCACCGCCGACUUCCUGGCUCGCAGAAGGAAGCCCAGACAGGACCCCUCCAUCAUGGAUUGGAAAAAGGUCACUGGAGAGGAAAAUGUUCCGGUAGUCAACAGAAUAACUGGCAAAAAGCUUACUGGUAGCAAAGCUCCCUCACUGAAGCGAUUAGGACAGUGGCUCCUGGAAAACCCCAUGUUUGAGGUCGACCCGAAGUGGACCGAGUUGGUCAAGGAAAUGGGCAACUUGCCGUCCGACAUAAUUUCAAAACGCUCUGGUCAGCCGUCCAGUUCGAGCAGCGCGGCAGCCGGCUCGAGUGGCACUCAGGGUGGCAAGAAGAGCAGCUCUGCAAGCCGAGCUGCCCAACAGCAGCAGCAGCAGCAACAACAACAACAACAGCAGCAGCAACAACAGGCCUCUGACCAAGCCUCAAAUCUGGCAGCAGCCGCCAUGGGACUGCCCUUCAACCCCUCCCUGGCAGCCCUGUCCGGCCUCAACCCCAGUCUACUUAGCAGUCUCGGCCUGGCAGGAUUCGACCCGAAAAAUCCACUCGCCGGAUUCGACCCGAAGACGCUCGGGUUUGACCCUAAGACCUUAGGCUUUGACCCCAAAACGCUGGGCUUUGACCCAAAAUCGCUCGGAUUCGACCCCAAAAGUCUCGGGUUCGAUCCCAAGUCGCUUGGAUUUGACCCAAAGUCACUCGGGUUCGACCCCAAGAACCCCCUGGGCGCGUUUGACCCCAAGAAUCCGCUGCUGCUUCCGGCGUUUGCGGCCGCGGCGGGUUCGAUGCCCGGCAUGAGCAGCUUGGCCGGCCUGUCGGGGCUGGGCGGCUUCGGCAGCAACCUUUUCGCCAACCUGGCCAGUCUAGGCUUCGGCCUGGACGGGAACGAGAUGGGCCAGGCCGCCGCCGCGCCUCCGAGCACGAGCAAGGGCAAGUCGAGGUCGAGUCAGAAGGAGAAAAGCAGUUCCUCCGCGUCUUCCGCCGCCGCGGCCUCGCAGGCCGCGGCCUCGUCGUCGGCCUCGGCCAUUCCGACGUCUUCCCUGCCCUUCUUCUUCCCGAACCCGUCGCUGCUGUACACGCCGCUCGGCCUCGGCGGUUUGAAUCCGUUCGGCUCGUCGUCGUCCGCGCUCACCUCGGCCUACGACAGCCUCGUGCAGCAGAGCCAGCUGCUCAACGGCAUGGGCACCUCGACGGCCGUCACGCACACCACCAGCAGCAAGGGCCACCGCUCGUCCGGCGGCGGCCAGUCGGCGGCCAACCACAAGCACUCGUCGAGAGGCGGGGGCGGGUCGUCGGCGGCCGCCCUGGAGCGCCAGCAGCAGCAGAUCCAGCGGCUGCUGCUGCAGCAGCAGCUGGACGCGGCCAACGACCUGGCCAGGGCGCAGCUGGCCGCCUCCCUGGCCACCUCGUCGAGGGCCGACGAGGAGCAGCAGCGCGCCAAGAUGAAGCAGAGCAAGCGCGGCUCGCUGACCAAGCUGGAGGAGACGGUGAGCAAGUUGGCCGAGCGCAAGGGCCUCAAGAACAAGGGGGCGUCGCGCGAGGGCUCCGUGGAGGCGGCGGAGCGGCCCGCCGAGGAGGCGGCCCCGACGGAGGCCGCCCCCGAAGAGGCUCCCGCCCCCGAGGAGAGGCAGCAAGCCAACGAAGACAAGGCCGAGGAGGAGGCGUGAAACGCCACCACCACUUUGUAAAUAAAACCUCGAACGAUCGAUUCGAAUUCCAUCUUCAUUUUCGAAUUUAGCAGCUUUUUUAUGAAACAAAAAUUGCAGACGGAUCUACGAAAGAGAGACAGACACGAUUCCCCCGACUUUUCCUGUGUUUUUUGCCAUCUGUGAUAUAAAUUUUGUUGCCGCCUACCUCUCUCUUAUCUUCUUUUUUCCAUGCCCUACGCUUAAUAUCGGACUCGCUCGGAAAUCAUGAAAAAUCGCAAACAAACUAGGAAGGAACUCUUGUGUAAACAAGUUGCCUGGUGAAUGUAUCAUAAAAUUCUACUGUUCUGGGUUUGGUGUAAGAAGAAGAAGAAGAAGAAGAAGAAGUGGCGCUAGGUUCUGAGAUUCGUUCGUUUCUCUCAAUUAGUUGAUUAAGUAAGAUUCUUUCUCGUGUGAAGAAGGAAAGUGCACCGAACGAGGAAAGUGGCCCACGAACCUCAAUUGUGACGUGCGAUUUAAUUUUGCAGUCAGACGAACUGACUCCUUUUUUCGACCACCCGACGCGAAUGAAUGAAUGUUUUUUCAAGAGUGAUCAGACGAUUAUUUAUUUUUACUGUAGCUACAAGGAAACCUGCAACAUUGAUUGGAAAAUUAAUCCCCACACUUGUUACGGACGAACCGACGAUUGAGAGUGCGAAUUCAAAAGUUUAAAAAUUAAAAAUAUAGAUCGAGUGUAAGAACAAAAGAGAUGUUUGAGAUGGAAAUUGUCAUUUCGCACGGUGUCAUCACAAUUUAUUAACGAAAACUUGGUCCAAGACUGGCAAAGCACUAACAGA